AUGUCAGGCCCAAAUGCCAAGGAGUCUGAAAGUGGUGCUCCGAAUCUUCGCACUAUGGCUUCAGACCCAUCCUCUUCUUCUUCUGCUCCUGCUGCCGAAGGUCCAGCAGAGUCUUCUUUUGGGGAGCACAACCUUAGCUUCACCACCACAGACCUCAGUGUUGUGGAAAUGACAGAAAUCGAAUACACCCAGCUUCAACACAUACUCUAUUCCCACAUGGAGGCGCAAGCGAAUGAGAACGAAGCAGAAAACAGGCUAAAUUCCACUUGCUUCUCAUCUAACAGCAAUGCAAGUCAAUCACAAUAUCUGUCAUCAUGCAAUAGCAGCCAAGGGGGCUUUUCAUCCAACACCUCUGGAAACCAGUCGCUCUACCCCAUUAUUUGCCAGCCUGGUUUGGCUUCUGACAACAGUUUUGUGGGUCCUCCUAAUCAGUGUCUUGGACAUAUCGACUUCCAGGAGCUCAGGAUGAUGUUGCUUAGUGAGUCUAGCCUCCCUCUAAACCAAGCUGAGAAAACACCCAAUGGUAGCUCUGCAAAUACGCCCGGGCAGAGUUUAGUAAAGGUUAAGCACAGCGACAACUUGUGUGGGAUGAAUAAAGAAAAUCUUCCUUUGGAAAAUUCAGCACUUCUUCCGGAGCCGAGAGCAAAACCCGCAGUCCGUGUGCGGCUGGAAGACAGAUUCAACAGUAUCCAGACUGAAAUCCCCAGAGGUCAAGAAGCCCAGGAACCUGGAGUAGCCAUUAACAACUUAGUAACCCUCAUUCGCCAUCCUUCAGAUGUGAUGGGUGUUCCUUUCCAUCAGCAGCAAAAUAAAUGUACCACAUUAGUGAAAAAUAAGACUGCUGCUACAACUACAACUGCAUUACAGUUUACAUGCCCAUUAUUUAACCCAAACUCUGCUUCUUCUGCAACCGGAAAUGCAAACACAUCACAAACACAGAAUUCUGGAGCCACUGUUUUAGAAGCAGGCAAACAUCAAGAUAUUGGAUUGCCCCGAACUUUUUCUAUCUGUUACCAGCAGGAAAUUGAAGCAACUAAGCAGACAGUUGGUCCUAGAAAUAAGGCUGUACCUGAACAUUUUUGGAUUAAGCUGGGAGGUGAAGCUUUAUGUAAGCAGACCAUAAACAAAAGAACUCGUAAUCGGCUCCACCCCUUGGAAAGCAAUGUACAGCGCAAACCACUUGGUGAUAUACAAAAUGUGUGUGAUAUCCAAAGUGCUGGCCCAUCACAAGGUGCAUGGCAAGCAGGACAGUCAACACAAAGUACACAAAGUGGAAACCAAGGUGGUGUCUCACAGCGUCGAGAGAGGCAUAACCGAAUGGAAAGAGACAGGAGGCGCAGGAUCAGGAUUUGUUGUGAUGAGCUGAAUCUUCUUGUUCCAUUCUGCACUUCAGAUACUGAUAAGGCAACAACUUUGCAAUGGACAACAGCCUUUUUAAAAUAUAUUCAAGAGCGGCAUGGGGAUUCCCUGAAGAAGGAAUUUGAAACAGUAUUCUGUGGUAAAACAGGCAGGAGACUAAAAUUAACAAGAUCCGAUUCAUGUCCCGCACAAGAGAAUGGUACACCAACGGAGACAAAAUAGUUUGACAUCUUAUUCGAUGGUUGAUGGAAAGUGAAAACACAGGAUGUCUGUUCACUUC